AUUUAAACUUUAAUAUAAUUUAGGGAUAGAUAUGAUAGAUGGAACUCCUGUUCUAGACAUUAAACCUUUUAUUCAAGCCUACGAUAACCCUAGCGGUGAGCAAGAUGAGGACAACGAUGAAAUAUUAAGGGGUUCAGAAAGUACACAAUUGGAAAGAAAAUCUCUUGAACAUGCUGAGUUUUCUACAAAUGCAUGUAAUGCCUUGUUUAAGAACAAUUCAGAAGUCCUGACUGGAAAGGGUUCUUCUGUUUCUCAUGAUGAAUUGAAUAAAGAUUUAUGUUAUGAAUCUGUGAUAUCAACAACAAAAAACUGUGAAUUUAAGAACCCUAAAGAAAACAUUUGUCAGAGCACAGUGGCAACCCAAGAUGGAACCGCUGGAAACAUGGUAGAACCAACUGAUCACAUGGUAGAAUCAGCUGAUCACAUGAUAGAAUCAGCUGAUCACAGUACAGCAGGACAAGGAUCCUCGGAAACUAGCAGCUGUGCAUUUUCUCCAGGUUGGGUUGGAGCUUCAGAAGAUGAUCUCAGGGUUGGGUUUACUGCACGGAGUAGGACGGACUUACUCAGAAUAGAUCUUGAUAGUCUUUCAUUUAUCAAGAAUGUAACUGAAUUGGAAACAUGCAUUAGGAAAAUAAAUGAUUAAAUAAUUUUGGCAUGGAUCCUUCGGUCCAGAUAUUAUUUUGUAAGUAUUUUGUAAUUUUGAAGAAACGAAAUGCUACAUUGAAUUGGAGGGAAAAGGUUCGAAAGUAAUGGCCUACUGACUAUAAAACCUUGAUAUUUGACUUGGGUCAGAUUGCACAAUGCACAUGCACUGUCGAACAGAAUAAGUCUUUGC